AUGUCUGAAGUCGUAUAUAUCACUGUCGAACAACCGCAACCAAAUCCUGUAGACGGGAUCACCCAGACGCAGCCUGAUUGGAUCCACCCGCAUUUAAUUGAGAGCGUCGACCCGGUCAAGGGCCGCCAGCUGCGCGUGUCACACCUCGUCCCCGAAGGGACCUGUCUUCUUGUCGAUCGUCCAUACGCAGUCAUUCCUGUCGUUGAUGAGCCAGCAGUGAACGAUGAUCUGAUCUGCAGCAGUCCCGCUUGUAAUCGCCGAGCAACUUGCCAUAAUACUGAGCGGUAUCCGUGCCCCAAUGCCUGCAUCCCGGAUGUGGUUUGGUGCAGCAACACCUGCAGAGACGCCGAUAGAACUCGACAUGCCUUCGAAUGCACAUGGCUGAAGAGGUACGCGGGACCAAUUCGGACCAAAUGGGGCGAAUACAACUUCGGCAUGCUGUGGGUGAUUAUUCGACUGCUUGCUACGCGGCAUGUCGAAAUGCAAGAUCCCUCCACCGGUGCUGGGGUGGUCAAAUUGAAGUCUCAGCAAUGGAGACAUGGCUGGGAUGGCAUUGACUCAUUAUGCGGAUCUACCGACACCUGGUCUCAUGACAAGGUUCGGUCCUGGAAUACCCUUGUGAAGAAGUAUCUCCAGAGCAGCGCAGGGCUACCGCAUGGGAUGAGUACAGAUCGCAUCCUCCAUCUCAUCUGUCAAGAAGAGGCAAAUUCUUUCGGCCUUUACCCACGAGAAACAGGCAUAUUCCCUCUACCGAAUCCUCCAAUUGACCGAGGGGAGCAGUUUGCUGCAGCCGUGUAUCCCACGGCAGCAAUGGCCAACCAUUCAUGUUCGCCGAAUAUCAUUCAUAAACCUGAUGAUGAAGGACGUAUGGUCUUUACCACAUCUCGCGAUAUUCUUCCGGGAGAAGAGUGCUGCAUCUCAUACUUCGAUCUGACACAAUAUACGGAUAUUUCCUCCCGCCGCGAGCAUCUUCGAAAAUCAUUCCGGUUUGUGUGCCGGUGUGACCGGUGUAGCUCCGAAGAGCCAGUGAAUGAAAUAACCGAGUGGGCUGCGAUGCCACAGAUGGACAUA